AUGCCGAUACAAUUAUUACCUGCCUCGGCAGCCGCCUUUGCGCCGCGCUCAACCGUCAACAUCGUUCUCAACUCCAAAGUGGAGCCGUGGUUAACACAGACGCUGAAGAGGAUAAAUCGGGUCAAGCGACCGCUCAACAGUGUCCAGCAACAUACGCGAUGUCUCACCGAAACCCUGUCAGGCUCCAACGCCAUCUGGUCGUUGUGCUCAGUAAUGGUACCAAAGGCUCCGGAUUCGGAACUGCGUAAGGAUUCCAACCCGCUUGUGGAGGCCAUCUUCAACUACCAAGUCAUCCAUAUCGAGGCGUACGUUGUGCACGUCGACAUGGUUUCACAGCAUGAGGUUGCAUUCAAGCUCACGCCUGAAACCAUUGAAGCGCUUACCGAAUACCACAAGGAUAUCUACUCGGUCGACGUGUCCGCCAGCACCUGGACCUGGCCCGAGAAGGAGGCGCAACUAAAGAAGCUGCAGGACGAGUUUAUACAGGCUGUCAACCGCUACGUGUUCCGCACCGGAGCACGCGCACUCGAAGGCAUGGAAGAGGAAGGAGCGGGAGAACUUCUUGAGGGCCGAGGCGAGGACGUCAAGGGCGCCAUCAUGGGGCUGUUCCACCCGCUUCUCCCUCCUCCACCCAGGAUCGUUGACGUUGUCCGGCCCGCUCCGCUGCUCCCAAGCUCGCCCGGUGCCACGACCUGGUGGCCCUCGCACGUGCUACAGUCACAACCUGCACCCGUCGAGUCCUGGAGAGCGCUCUCGUCGACACCAAGCCCGACCAUUACCACCUGCGGUGAAACCUCUCCGUCGUUUUGGAGCACCAUGGGCUUGGAGAACGUGCAGCUGCCGUCGCCGACACCUUCCUUCAGCCAGCCAUUUAACACCACGAGUCAGUACUACAGCCCGCCCCAGGCAGUCGCCCCGAUACCUGCCCUUCCGUUGCCUAGUGUGCUAGCCCAGCAAUGCGGGUCAAGCGCCGUGCACAACGGAUUCGGUGGUGGAUUCGGAUGGGAUACUGGAUUUGCACCACAGUACGCCGCUUUCACUUAA